AUUCAUUUUCAAAUUAAUUAACACGCAAAAUAGUAAAUUGGCACUUAUUAUUGCAUUUAGUUAACGUUUACCACUGCAUUCCAUGCUGAAUGUUUUUACGAGUCUAUUUGGUGGAUGGUGCAAACUUACAUAAAUUCAUAAAGAACCAAAAGAAAAUUUCACUAUUUUCAGGUGUUAUAAUGGCAACGGCGUUCUUGCCGUCGCCCGCGUGAAUCAGUGAGACUCUAGUGCAGUGAACCGACCGGGCCCGCCGCCUCAAGCGUCACCCGACCACGAUGAAAAUGGUGUUGUCACAACGGCAACGAGAGGAGCUGAACAAAGCGAUCGCCGAUUAUUUAGGUAGCAAUGGCUACACGGACGCGCUGGAAGCGUUCAAAAAGGAGGCCGAUAUGACCGGCGAAAUGGAUCGCAAGUUCGGCGGCCUCCUCGAGAAGAAGUGGACUUCGGUCAUCAGGUUGCAGAAAAAGGUGAUGGAGUUAGAAUCGAAGCUGUCCGAGGCUCAGAAGGAAUUCAUCGAGGGUGCUCCAACGCGCGCCAAACGCACUCCAGCCGAGUGGAUUCCACGGCCGCCGGAAAAAUUCUGCCUUACCGGACAUCGGGCCACCAUUACUAAGGUAAUAUUUCACCCAGUGUUCAGUUUGAUGGUCUCCUCAAGUGAGGACGCAACCAUCAAAGUGUGGGACUUUGAGAGCGGCGAGUACGAACGAACCCUAAAGGGACACACCGAUUCCGUACAGGAUAUCGCUUUCGACCAUCAUGGAAAACUUCUUGUAUCCUGCAGCGCUGACAUGUCAAUCAAGCUGUGGGACUUCAACCAAACAUUCGAAUGUGUAAAGACAAUGCACGGACACGACCACAAUGUGUCGUCAGUGGCUUUCUCACCGAGCGGCGACAUCGUCUACUCCGCCAGUCGAGAUAAGACCAUCAAGGCAUGGGAGGUGGCCACUGGCUACUGCAUCAAAACAUACAAGGGUCAUCGCGAGUGGGUGCGCAUGGUGCGUGUGUCACCCGACGGCACGCUCCUCGCGUCGUGCUCCAACGACCAGACCGUACGCAUCUGGAACGCCGACACCAAUGAAUGCAAGAUGGAGUUGCGCGAGCACGAGCACGUAGUGGAGUGCGUGUCGUGGGCGCCGGAGGCCUCCGCCGCGGCCAUCAACGAGGCGGCCGGCACGGACAACCGCCGCGCCAACCACAUAGGGCCCUUCCUGGCCAGCGGCUCUCGGGACAAGUCCGUUAAGAUCUGGGACGUGAGCACGGGGCAGUGCCUGGCCACGCGUGGGCACGACAACUGGGUGCGCGGCGCGGCCUGGCACCCGGGCGGCCGCUACCUGCUCACGGCCUCCGACGACAAGACGCUGCGCGUCUGGGACGUCGCGCACACGCGCUGCCUCAAGACGCUCUACGCGCACCACACACUUCGCCACCAGUCUCGGUUCGUAGCAUUUAUCUAACUUUUGGACUUAUUU